AUGCCUGGCCCUUGGAACGAUGCCACUCACCAAAGACUUUUGCUGGUUCUCAUCGACCCUGAAAAGAAACCUGAUUGGAAAUGGGUCGCUGAGAUCAUGGGUCCUGGGUUCUCUGAUGAGGCCUGCCGUCAGAAAUUCUACAAGCUCAAGAAAGAGUCUGAGAGAAUCUUAACCUUUCCAAGUGUUAACGACACUGAUGCCACUCCCUCUACCCUCACUACUCCAAAGCCCAAAGCACCCAAAACUCCAAAGACCACCGGAGCCAGCGAGAAGAAGCGCAAGCGAAAUGCUGCAGCAGAAGAUUCCGACACCCCUUCCAAGAAGGUCAAAGAGGAGGAUUCCGACGCUAAGGCGAAACUUGAAGAUGGCACCACCAAUAUCGGAGAAGCUUGA